UUCCGGGCAAUGCAGCUCUAGGGACUCCGAUGAACGGCAUCCCAGGUUACUGCACAUGUCUUUGGUCGCUGGAUGCCUAACUAUUAUUACGUCGAAGGUGGGUGCACGCAAGUCGCAACAGGUCUCUCUGCAAGCAGACUCUGGCCGGGCCAGGCCGAUACUCUAGACCGCGUGUUGCGAUUGCAUUUUCAACAACCCUGCGACGGCAUCCAGCAAAUGGGGAGGCGUGGCAGGGCGGGAAGUCGGCACAGGCGGCGCAGCGUGAAGACCAGGAUAAUUUUCGGGCGUCCAGCUGGGUUGUUGCACAGCGUACGUUUCUCCAGCUCCGCCCCCAACGCCCCACUUCUUCUCCGCUCCCCGCAAACACUUUGUAAAGUGGAACGGCCUCGACGACCGAAUUUGGAUCUUGGGCACUGUGCCACUUCUUGGUUUUCUGGCUCUCAGGCAACGAGCGAGAGAUCUCCUCACCCCCCAUGCACGCAACAAUACACGGGAUUAUCCGCUGACGUCGAUGGCGCUCUCGCUGACCGCCAUGGCAAGCCACGCCGCAACCGUUGCCGAUCGAGUACAACCACAGCGCUCGAUGCCUCGUGUGUGCUGGAUGUGACUGUCCGCAAGGCGGAUUCCGACAGCUGGCAAAGCGCGGGCAGCGGUGCUCGAGUAACAAUGUCAAAGCCGGAAGGAGCUGAGGAAAUGACUUGAGCCUCGAGCAGCCUAACCACGCCUCCGGUGACUCGAUGCGAC